AUGUUUCCAAUUUGGUGUUUAUCAAAGGGCCUUGAACACGCCGUUGUUGGUACUGCUCUGCAUGUGAUCAGAUCUGAUGAAGGUGAGGAAGAAGCCAAGAAAAUAGCCAUGAAAGAUAUGGGCAAAUGUGAGGAAAAGAUAUCACACAUUUUUUUUUGUCUCAAGGCUGGUCGUGACGAAGGCAGCAGCAAUGCAAACUGGGAAGAAAUGUUCAGCUGA